GUAACUAAAUGACCAUGGAAUCUGGAGCAGAGAACCAGCAGAGUGGAGAUGCAGCCGUUACAGAGGCAGAAACCCAACAGAUGACAGUGCAGGCACAACCACAGAUUGCAACGUUAGCCCAGGUAUCUAUGCCAGCAGCUCACGGAACGUCUUCGGCACCCACGGUGACCUUAGUUCAGCUGCCCAAUGGGCAGACGGUUCAAGUGCAUGGAGUAAUUCAGGCUGCCCAGCCGUCAGUUAUUCAGUCUCCACAGGUCCAGACAGUUCAGAUCUCCACUAUAGCAGAAAGCGAAGAUUCGCAGGAGUCAGUAGACAGCGUCACAGACUCACAGAAACGAAGAGAAAUUCUUUCCAGACGACCCUCCUACAGAAAAAUUUUGAAUGACUUGUCCUCAGACGCCCCAGGAGUGCCAAGGAUCGAAGAAGAAAAGUCUGAAGAGGAAACAGCAGCACCUGCCAUCGCCACUGUUACGGUGCCAACUCCCAUUUACCAAACCAGCAGUGGGCAGUACAUUGCUAUUACCCAAGGAGGAGCAAUACAGUUGUCUAACAAUGGCACAGAUGGAGUACAAGGUCUCCAGACGUUGACUAUGACCAACGCAGCGGCAACCCAACCUGGCACCACCAUUUUACAAUAUGCACAAACCACAGAUGGACAACAGAUACUUGUACCCAGCAACCAAGUUGUUGUACAAGCUGCCUCAGGAGACGUGCAGACCUACCAGAUUCGCACCGCCCCUACCAGCACCAUUGCACCAGGUGUAGUCAUGGCAUCUUCUCCAGCACUUCCAACCCAGCCAGCAGAAGAGGCCGCACGGAAAAGAGAAGUGCGUCUAAUGAAGAACAGAGAGGCAGCACGUGAAUGUCGCAGGAAGAAAAAGGAGUAUGUGAAAUGUCUAGAAAAUCGAGUGGCUGUGCUUGAAAACCAAAACAAGACAUUGAUUGAGGAGUUGAAAGCACUUAAGGACCUUUACUGCCACAAAUCAGAUUAAUUUUGGAUUCCCAUUUUCACUUGUCCAGGUGGGAUAGAGACUGGUUCUGGCUAUGCCCAGAAAGACAAAGUAAACUUUUUAUUUUCUAAACGUUUCUUUUUUUCUAUGCGCAAAACUGCCUGAAGCAACUACAGAAUAUACUUCAUCUGUGCUUUGCAUCAAACUGUGAAUGUUCAAGUACUUGCCUCCACUUCUCCCCCUACAAGAUUAUUUUCAUCGUCAAUCUCAGCGUGAAGAAGAACAGGCUUCUUUCUCGCCUCCUCAUCCUCUUCAAGGAAUGACAGCGGUCGCUUGGGAAGCUACUUGUGGGGAGGGUCCUUUUGUAAUGAGUUCAAGAAUAUGUGCUGAGCUCUUUCCAUUGCCUUAGAGACAGAACCACCCCAGCCUCUUGGUCCAGAGAACUGUGGGCCAGGUAACGUGGAGCAUGCAUGGUGCAACGAAGCAGCGAUGGUUGCCAAAUUGGUUUCACAUACUCGUUAUGAACUAUAAAAAUACACAGCUAAGCAGCAUGCCAAAUGAAAGGCGCUUCACAGUCAUGUCCUUGGUGUGGAGGUGACACACCUUUUUCAGACUAGCCCAGGAGGGAUUUUCAUUUGUAAUCUGUAUUAUGCCCUCCUGGACUAGUAAAAAGCAUUGAAAUGAGCUUCACUGGUCAGUUGUUGCUUCUCAAAGCUUAUGUGUGCAAGCGUGUUCAGCAUUCUGAAUGCACAAAAAGCAAAUACCAACCUCAUAGAGUAUUGGUUGGGAAACGGUAUUUGGAUGGGAAAGGAAUUCGGAAUGACAAAGGUAACAGCAGUGACGUUUUGAACACGGUCACACAGUAAGCAAGGGUAACACAGGAAAGCAGUACCUGUCUGAAUGCAGAACAACUCGGCAGUUGAAGCGUGGCCAACUCCACAUACAUGCCCCCUGAUGACAGUAUACUUGUGUCCCAAGUCCUCUCAAGCAAUGAGGUUAUCUCCAUUUCUUUACCACUGUUUCAUGUAAUGGAAAUUAUUGUACUCAAUGGAAACAUCAGCCUGGUUUGCUAGAUUCUUUUUCAUUUUUUGAGGCUGCCUUCCAUACAUAAAUGUCAAUUGCAGUAUAACAACCAGGACAACCUCAAAUAUUGAAGAGGACUUGAAGCACAAAUAUUCCAACUUCUGCUUUGCAAGGGACCAUAUUAAUUAUUGGAACCUGGCCAGGCUAUCUAAACUCUUAAUUUAUUUGGAGGAUUUUUUCACGUAAAGGGUCAGAUUUGCCGAGUAAUUUAUUCCUGUAAGUAAAAUCAGUCAUGUGCCUCAGGUGUCCGCAAGAUCAAUUUUUUUGUGUGCACUGAGGAAAUGUGAUCUUUCCCAGAUUUACAUUGUUAAAAAGGUAGUUCAUGUUCACAAACAAGUCUGUAUUAAGCAUUAGGACUUC